GACAAACGUUUUUUUUAAAAUUUAUUUGCAAUAAAGAAGCACCGUAGAAGAAGGAAGGCGUCGUUUCGUCGGCCCAAAUCAUCUAACAGAGAACACCCGAAACAAUCGAUCGGCGGCAUAAAAUCCGCGUUGCGUUGGGUCGGCGGGCGGCACAGAACGCUGCCGCGAGCAAACCCUAGUUUACUUUUUCUCUCAGUGAUUUGCCCAUCGAUAACGCGUUCUCGUACCGCUUCCGAUCCGUCCGCCUGAGCUCGCUCGGUGAUCGCCAUCGGCGCGAUGACGAGUCGUCGGGUGGGGAUUAGCUGCAAGGUGUACCACGGGGAUGUUUUCCUCGGAGAUGCGGAAGCUUUUCCGACGACCAACAGUAGCGGCGGCAAGGUCCAACCCUUGCCUUUCCCCAGCGGCAACGAGAUUCGCAUCGAUCACCUCUCGCCUCCCAGCGAGCGAUGCCCUCCCCUCUCCGUCCUCCAAACCAUCAACCCUUUCUUCGUCCGCUGCAAGAUCCAAGCCAAGUCGAUCGCUGAACAUCCACUCCAUCACCUCUACCUCUCCUGCUUCAACGAAUUCAGGAGUGCCGUCGUGGUCAAUGGUAACGAAGAGCUGCAUCUGGUGGCAAUGCCGAGCAAGGUGGAGAAGGUAUCCUGCUUUUGGUGCUGUUCGGUUCAGGCCGGGUUAUAUGCAUCCUGUUUGGGCAUGCUCAACUUGCGGUGUCUUGCCAUUGUAUUUGAUCUAGAUGAGACGCUCAUAGUUGCCAACACCAUGAGGUCAUUUGAGGAUAGAAUUGAGGCCCUCUCUCGAAAGAUAGAUGGUGAAAAAGACCCUAUUAGGAUUUCAGGAAUGUCAGCUGAACUGAAGCGAUAUGUUGAGGACAAAGAUCUCUUGAAGCAGUAUAUAGAGAUGGAUACUGUUACCGACAAUCGGAGAUCCAUUACCGCUCAGAAUGAGGAAGUUCCAUCAAUACCUGGUGUUCAGGAGAGAAUUACUCGGCCUGUCAUACGAAUGCCUGAAAGGAACAUUGUCUUGACUCGGAUCAAUCCUGAGAACCGUGAUACUAGUGUUUUUGUAAGGCUAAGGCCUGCAUGGGAGGAUCUAAGGAGCUACCUAACUGCAAAAGGACGACGAAGAUUUGAAGUUUUUGUCUGUACAAUGGCUGAAAGGGACUAUGCUCUGGAGAUCUGGAGGCUUCUUGAUCCAGACUCUUAUUUGAUCAAUGCAAAACAACUUAUGGAUCGCAUAGUAUGCGCAAAAUCAGGUUCGAAGAAAUCAUUGCAACAUGUUUUCCAGGAUAAAGUGUGCCAUCCUAGAAUGGCUAUGGUGAUUGAUGACCGAUUGCAGGUUUGGGAUGACAAGGAUCAGCCUCGUGUUCAUGUUGUCCCAGCAUAUACUCCAUAUUAUGCUCCUCAAGCUGAGAUGGCCAAUGCAGUUCCAGUAUUAUGUGUUGCAAGAAAUGUUGCAUGCAAUGUUCGAGGUGGCUUUUUCAAAGAAUUUGAUGAAAAUCUUCUUCAGAAGAUAUUUGAACUGAAUUAUGAGAAUGAGAUAGUUGAGCUACCUGGUGCUCCUGAUGUGAGCUACUAUUUAAUCUCUGAGGAUGCUAAUAACUUACAAAACAACAAUAGAGAAGCUCCUAUUGUUGAGGGAAUGACUGGUUUGGAAACAGAACAUAGAUUGAAUCAACCGGUUAAAAGAAUCAGAAUGUCUUCUUUAAAUUUGCAUUCAAUUUUGGACACAAACAAGUUGACUGGGCAAAACUUUUUAGAUUGGUUUCGAAACCUGAGAAUUGUUCUCAAGGUUGAGAAGAUUGCCUAUGUCCUCGAAGGGCCUCUUCCUACGAGUCUGGCUGAUGAUGCAACUUCUGACCAAUUGUUGGCUUAUCAGAAGCAUAUGAUUGAUUCUGAACUUGCAAGCUGCAUCAUGCUAGCCUCGAUGUCUCCUGAACUACAAAAACAACAUGAGCAUAUGGAUGCUUAUACGAUUGUUUAUCAUCUUCGUGAGUUGUUCGAUGAGCAAGCGAGAAUCGAACGGUUCGAAGUCUCCAAGCUCCUCUUUGGCUCAAAGAUGCAGGAGGGUUCAUCUGCAGUGCAAUUUGUACUAAAGAUGAAUGGCUAUAUUGAGCGGUUGAGAUCGCUUGGAUUUGCAAUGGAUCAUGAGUUAAGUAUUGGCUUAAUUCUUCAUAGUUUGUCCAAUAGCUAUUCACAAUUUGUGAUGAACUAUCGGAUAAAUCAAAUUGAAUCCACAAUUCCUGAGUUGAUCAACAUGCUUAAGAUAGUGGAGCUAUCAGUUAAGAAGGAACCGAAAGUUGUAAUGUUGUUUGAUUCCUCAAAGAAAGGUUCUAAGAGGAAGUUAAAAACUCAAGCUAAAGGGAAGAAAAAGCCUAAAAAAGGAGAAUUGGCACCAAAGGGCUCAUGUCACCAUUGUGGCGAGAUGGGACACUGGAAAAGAAACUGUAAGAUUUAUCUUGAGUCAUUGAAGAAGAAGACGACAUCUGAUGCCCCAUCUGCUUCAGGAGCUAAGGAAUAGUAGAAGACUGGUCAAAGGAAGGGAGAAGUAAAUUUGCGAGUUGGUAAUGGAGCAAAGGUUGCAGCUAUAGCCAUAGGAACUUAUUUGUUGAAACUCCCUAGUGGACUGGACUAGUCUUAGAAUUGGAUAAUUAUUAUUAUGUUUCUUUAAUAAAAAUAUUAUUUCUAUUUCUUACUUAAAUAGAAAAGGUUUUUAUCUAACUUUUAUUAGCAAUUAUUGCUACAUAAUGUUAAAUGAUGUUCUUUAUGGGACUGGAAUGUUAUGCAAUGGUAUCUACGCACUAAAUAUAUCCAACGGCAUACUCAAUAUCGAAACAAAUAGCAAACGUGCUAAAAGAGACGAUCAAUUAACUUCCUACACGUGACAAUGAUUUAUCUUGGGUUUAAUCUUGGUUUUCUCAAUCACAACCAGUUUCACUCAGAUUCGAGCCCACCUUGAACCCAACUUUCGCCCAAAUAAUCCUAAGCACAAUCUCAGAGCCUAACAAACCUUAAUUGAAACCACUGACAAGUCUAAUUAAGACAAAAUUAGCCCCUAAACAUAACUAUUCAGCAUUGAAUGAAUUGAUUCAAUCUCCAAUUCCAUCAUUAAUCCUUGACUAACUCCUCUAAUCCAUGAUAACCCUAAUUAAAAUUUGAGGUUUAGCGCUUCGAACACAGUUGCACAAUGUACCAUGUGCUUGGAACUGAUGGUUGUCCUAAGAUAUCUCAUGCAGGAAAUUAUUACUUGUAUUGUUACUAGGUGGCUAAGUGAUUGUGGAUUCG